AUGGACGAGAACCUCAAGAAAGAAUAUGAAGCAAGAGCUCAGAAAGUGCGAGCAGACCUGAAGCAAUGGGAGGCAGACUGGGCAAAGACACAUGGCGGCAAGAAGCCAGGAAGAGAGGACAUCAAGAAUACUCCCGUUAUAGCCCAGAAAUAUAAAGAUUAUAAUAAGCUUCGCGAUAUAAUAGCUGGCAAGCUAGCCCCUCCUCCAGAUACCUCGACGUCCAAACAGAAGCACGAAAAGCGUAAAUCAGACGUUGUACCAGUUGGAACUCCCAUGAAGCGAGCCAAACAUGCCGAGACCCCUUCCAAGCGACUGGCUCCAAACGGCGACGAAUAUAUGAAUAGUCCGGCCAUCUCUAGGAAGCUCUUCAGCCCAGCGCCAGUAACAUCUAUUGGGCCAACACCUCAACGAGAUGGCAAGGUCCUCGGCCUAUUUGACUUGUUGGUGGAAAGAGAAUUUAAAAGUCCAUUAAAGGGGACCAGCCACCCUACCAUUUCCCUGGCAACCCCCAGUAAGCCCAGAAGCAGCUUGUUCGAAGAGGCUACAGCCAAUCUCGGCCGUACGCCAACAUCCACGAGCAAACGAAAGCUAUUCUCAACACCGAUGAAGAAGAGAGAAGGGCAGAAUACGGCCGGAACGCCCACAUCUGUAUCUAAGCUUCAGUUUGAUACUCCCGCGUUUCUGAAGAGGCAUUCUCUCCCGACACUGGACGAGAACACAACAUUUGAUGCCCCGCCGUUAAGGUUACCGCGGAAGCCCUUGGUUCGCGGUUUGAGCGAAAUAGUAGCCAGUCUUCGGAAAGUCGAGGAAGAGCAGCUGGAUGAUGAUCUUGAGGCACUGCGCGAAGCCGAAGCUGACGCUGAAGCUGAAUCCAGAGGUCCAAUUCUGCCUCCUAUGAAACCUCAGGAACCACAGGCAAAGCAGGACAUACUGGAGCCAGAUAGUCAAACUAAACAGCUACCAUUAGGUGGAUUUGACGAUGAAGGAAUGUACGACAGCCCUACAGAGGAUGCUGUAGAUCGGGAUGGACGACCUAUGAAGAUAUUUAAGAAGAAGGGACAGAAACGAACAACACGGAGAGUCAACAUGCGACCAGUUCGGGCCAAGCGGCUGACAAAUCUGGCGGAGGCCAACGAAAGUGACGGGGAGGAAGAUGAAGACUAUACCAUUGCAGAUACACAGGCUCAGACGGGCAGGUCAGAUGUCGCAGGCGAAUCUGACGGCGAAUUCGAAGACGGAGAUGAAGAUGAUACCCCCGACACAAAGGUCAAAAAGCCUGCCAAGGAGGAAGGAGUGGUAAAGAAGACGGCACGAAAGGUGAACCAGCUGGCACAUGCAAAUUUCCACAGGCUGAAGCUGCGCAACCAUGGGGCCAAGGGCGGUCCGGGCUAUAAUAGCCGAUUUCGAAGAAAGAGGUGA